UGUCAAAGCGUUCACACCACACCAUUGCUCGUGGAAGCAAUAUCAUCUUUUUUUUAUUUAGGAUAUCAGACGGGGCUUAAUCUGAGAUGGAGGGCCAACGCUGGUUACCACUGGAAGCUAACCCAGAGGUUAUGAACCAAGUGAGUAGAUGUCUCGACUAUCUGGGUGUGUCUAGGAUUCAAAACUUGUGCCAAAUGAAUGAAUCAGUUUUUACGGCAGCUUGGCUUGGUACCCACCUGGCAGUUUGGGGAUGUGUACGGUCUGGAGCCCGAAGUUCUCAGUUUGGUGCCAAGGCCUGUGUGCGCUGUACUUUUGCUCUUCCCUAUAACAGAGAAGUAUGAAACCUUUAGACAGGAAGAGGAGGCAAAAAUUAAGGCACAAGGACAAGAGGUGUCCUCGGAUGUGUACUUCAUGAAACAAACCAUCGGCAAUGCUUGUGGUACAAUAGGGCUGAUUCAUGCCGUGGCAAACAAUCGAAGGCAUCUGGAGUUUGAGCCGAAUUCACCCCUUAAGGCAUUUUUACUGCAGUCUGCAAAGAUGAGCCCAGAAGAAAAGGCAGCUUUCCUUGAAAAAGAUGAGAGUAUCCGAGUAACACAUGAGUCAAGCGCUCAGGAAGGACAAACAGAGGCUCCAGGUUUAGAUGAAAAAGUGGAUUUGCAUUUCAUUGCCUUUGUAAACGUUGAGGGAUAUUUAUAUGAACUGGAUGGACGUAAACCUUUUCCAAUUGUUCAUGGGAAAACCACAGACGACAAAUUUCUUGAGGAUUCUGCAGAGGUCUGCAAGAAGUUCAUGGCACGUGAUCCCCAGGAGCUCCGCUUCACUGUGGUGGCUCUUUCCAAAGCAUAAAUGUUCUUAUUUUACCUGAAAGAAAAA